UCAAAAUAAAUGUGUGAAUAAAAAUAGUGAUUGUAUGAAUAAAAUAGAUUUGUAUUUUAAUAAAUUAUUAAUAAAAUGUCUAUGCGUGUUGAAUUCAGUGUUUUGUUAAUAAUAAAUGUUUUGUUUUGUGAAUGUUCGAACGUUUAUCACGAGAGUUCUAAGAUAGUUUAUCGACCAGACGACGCUUCGGAAUAUUUUGGUUAUUCUGUGAGUUUAAGUAAACAAAGGUUGAUAGUCGGAGCGCCGAAAGCAAGAAGCAGAUUACGAAGGAUAUCAUCUGGACAGGUGUUCAGAUGUCCUGCGCAUGAUCUGGACACCAACCAUAAUGUCACUUGUCUGCCGAUAGGAGUUUCCGAGGAAAUUGAAGACCGAAUAUUUGCGAGAUCCUUCGCCAGGGAAGACCUAUUCAAGGAUGGCAUGUGGUUUGGAGCUGCCGUCAGCGCUACACCCAACGGAGCCGCUUUUAUCUGCGCGCCUCGCUGGACCACGCCUUACAAAGACACACAUUUGUUACAAAACGGGAUGUGUUUCAUGCUGGCAUCCAGAAUGGCAAAGGAAUACCUACCUCUUGUGGAUCGCAGUAGGCAAGCGUUCCUCAGCGACGAGCAGCGAUCAGAGUACGGAGAGUUUGGGACCCAUCUCAACUACUACGCGUACGGCCAAGCAGGCUUCUCGGUGAAGGUGUCAGAGAGCAGCGUCAUCCUCGGCGCACCCGGGCUGGUGCAGUGGACAGGAGGUGUCGUUGAAUACCGACCAAUCGACAAAAACUUCAAAAACUCCUACUUGAGCAAACAGACAACGAUAAAUUCAUAUUAUACCAAAGAAGUUGGGCCAGAUGAAUACUUAGGUUACAGUGUUGAAUCCGGUGUAUUUGAUAAAAAUGGAACAAAUCUUAUUGUUGCCGGGGCGCCCAGGUCACAUUUUGGAUAUGGUCAAGUGUUAAUCUUCGAGCCAUCAAUACGAGAAAACAGUCCCCUUAACAUCAAAUAUAAAGUAGUAGGUGAUCAACUUGGUGCGUACUUCGGAGCAACUUUAUGCUGCACAGACAUCAAUGGUGAUGGAGUAGUUGAUCUCAUGGUGGGAGCUCCAAAUUAUGUACGAAAAGAUGGUGUACUACAUUAUGACCAAGGGGCUGUGUAUGUUUACUUGACUAAUACACAGGAAACACAUUUUUCUUUGGAAGCAAGAGGUUAUAUAUCGGGAUCUGAAGUGAGCGGCGCUCGGUUCGGUAGCUCUAUCGCUGAUUUAGGAGACAUUGAUGGCGACGGUUUUAAUGAUAUAGCUGUAGGAGCUCCAUGGGACGACGAUGGUAAAGGAGCUGUGUACAUCUACAGAGGUGGUAGAAAUGGUCUGAACAAGCAAUAUGUACAAAGAAUCGCUGUUGAAGAUUCGAGAACAUUUGGCUAUUCAAUAUCUAAAGGCGUUGAUAUGGACGAAAACAAUUGUAGCGAUUUAGCGGUAGGUGCCUAUAACGUCAGUGAAGCUUAUAUCUUCAGAUGCAUUCCUACUGUGUUUGUGAGCGUAUCUAUCAUAGUGCCGGAUGCCGUAAACUUGCCCGUCAACGCCACUAACUUUACUGCACUGUUUUGCGUGAAUUCUACUCCACGAACAACAAUAAAAAAUAAAGCAGAGUGGCUAAUGCAAUUAGGUUUUACAGCGAGAAUUACUAUUGAUACCAAAGAAAACCGAGCAAGUUUUAACGGAGACACAGAAUAUGAUUUAUAUAUAGCAGCAGGCAAUGAGAACUGCGACGAAAAAAUUGUUAUGGUCAAGCCAACGGCCGACUUAUCGAGGCCAAUUUCGAUAAAAUUCUAUUUGGAGGAUAAUGGCUCUCUGGAAGACAGUCAAAAGUUUCCCCAAAACGCUGCAAGGCUAUCAGCGGACUCGGUUUUGCAAACUUCCUUUGAUAUUCAAUUGAGGAGAGACUGUGGCGAAGACCUCAUCUGUAAGCCUCUCUUGCACAUGUCUUUGGAACCUCUGAGCAGCACGUAUGUACCGGGAACAAAUGACACGCUAGGCUUUCGAGUUUCCAUUUUAAAUUCAGAAGAACCAUCAUACGGUGCUAAAGUACACCUGACUCUGCCAUCGCCACCAAAAAGACUUCCCAGCGAAUGUUCUUUAGAUGACCUUGUUGUGACUUGUCAUUUGCCAGCACCUUUAUCAAGAUCUGAAUCUGUGGAGUGGGAGAUAGAGUUAGAGUACACGUAUAGAGAUAGUGUGGCGAAGGAGUUGAAAGUUGUGGCGAAUCUGGAAGAUCCUUUGUAUGACGGCACAGAUAUAGAGAGGAAACGCAGAGACAUUGCGAUUUUAAUUAAACCUGAAGCUAAACUUGCUGUGACUGGGAAGGCGCUGCCCAACGCGACAGUCGCAGUGACGAGGGACAAAUUCAGCGAGAGAGGCAACAUGACUCUUGUUCAUUACUUUGAGGUUACCAACUUUGGCCCUUCAGAUUGGUUUCGGUUGCCGGUUCAAAUUCUUCUGCCUGAGAAGACGAACCUGUCAAGUCAAAUCAAAGGAUGUCAAGAGUUAGGUCCAAGCUUGGAAUGUACUUGGGACCUUCCUGCACUAGUAUCUAUGCCUAUAGUUCUUCCGCUGCGCUUUGAUAUGGGUCUAUACGGCAAACUUCUACAAGACAAUAGCCAGUUCAACAUUACAACAAAAGUUGUAAUAAACCUUGAAGCACAAAAUAAAACUGAACAUAUAACUACAACACUGGUGUUAGAACCGGCACCACCUAUCUGGCCAUACGUAGUAGGAGGUAUUGCAGGAAUCAUUUUGCUAGCAGUAAUGAUAUUGGUCUUUCAUAAAUAUGGAUUCUUCUCAAGAAAUCGUCCAGGAAACUUCAACAGGCUCAAAGAUCAAGAAACCGAUGAAGCGAGCUCAUCUGGCACCACUUUAGAAGAAACUCGUAGUACUGAUACUGCAGAGGAAAGUGUCAGUGGUGCCGAUGAACCGACCUUCUUGACUGAGACAUCCUCACGGGGACUACUGGCUGACAAUGCGACGUGAGGAUCCGAUGACUAAUGUCAAAGUCAGAAGUUAGAGUCAAAUCCAGAAUUCAGAGUCAAAGUCGAACUGAAAUUAUAUUUAUUUCAAGAAUAGGAUCGUCAGUUCAUUUGAUACAAUAUUCUAGUCAGAAAACUCAGAAUCAUAUUAUUAUUUUAAAUGUAGGUUACCUUUUGGUAUGUAAUUCCAGCUUAACUAUUGAUCCAAUUUUGAGGAAAGGAAAUGGUCCAUUUCAGGUCCAAUCCUGUACCCCGUAUAAUUCAAAUUUUAAAAAUACAAGUAUUUUAUUAAAAUCUGAAUUAGUGAAUAAAUCUUAAAUCUAACUAUAUAAAAAGUAAUAAGUAAAAUUAAAACCCAAAUUUUUGAGUUUCAUCAAGUUGGCGCCCUUAUAGCAACUAUGACAUGACAAUUGACAGCAAACGUCAAAUCGACUACUGCAUUGAAAACGUCAUAAAUCCGCCAUUAUUACCCAUAUUAGUGUUGCAUUUUUUGGGAGAGAAUGAAUAUUAUUUUGAAAGAAUUAAAGUAAAUUCGUAGAUAAAAAUAUUUUCUUUUAUUUCAAAUUUGAUAGGGUACUGAUUCUGGGCCCCAUACAAUUUCGAACCAUCUCCUUUGUGGAAUGAUGGAUUUUAUUUUACAAUAUAAGUCAAAUUAUACUUUUAAUGUUUGUUACCUCGUAACUACGUCAUUUAUUAACCAAUUUUGAAAAUUCUCAUUUUGUUUGACAGAGUAUUCCACCAGAUUGGUCCUAUUUAAUUUUCAUAAAAAUCGGUUUAGUAAUUUUGUGUUAAACUCAAAAUAACUAAAAUACACCUCGGUUGCAUUUUUAUGCAAAGUAUUGGAAUAGACAA